AUGUCCUCCUCCAAAGCAAAGUCCAGCUCUUCCCAAUAUGCGCCCAUUUCGAUACACGAUGAUAGCGAGAGCUCCAGCGCAACUCUUGAGAAGCGCUCCACGGAGGACGACUACUCUGCUCCCUUGUUGGAAGGCUCGGACAACCUCCCCGCACCAUCAAAGUCCGCCCAGCUGCCUAAGCUCAUCCUCUACUUCUCCUUCGCCCUAGCGCUGCUAUCAGCUGUGAAUGUCGCUCUCCUUCCCAGUACACUUUCAAAGUACCAAGCCUAUCCCUUCUCUGACUCUGACCUCGAGGCCCUCCCCUAUGGCGACUCUAGGGUAGGAUUGGACAGGGUAGCGAACUUCAUCCCCCCUCCCCAGGUCUAUGAACACGCUUGGCCUGAUAGAAUUGCACGGGUGAGCCGGAAUUUGAAGAAUGCCGUAUGGGGUCAAGGAGUGCAGGUCUAUGUUACUGUCGAGGACUCGACAAUUAUGCGCUUCCCUAUCCCCUCCACCGGCGUCAAUGCCUGUGCACUCUCCUGGCGGCCGCCUGCCGAGUUCUCUGCGCGUGCUAAGGACCUCAUAACCAAGGGGGAUAUAACCGAAAUUGAAGUCUGGCAGCUUAUCGCACCCUCGGCCACCUCGGCCAACGUCUCUUCCACUAUGGAGGAGCUCGAUUAUGAUACCAUAUCGUAUUCGAACCUUCCCGUGCGUGGAGAGCUGCUCGGUGUGCUAGACCUCACCGCCAAGCCGAACAGCACAACACUGGAGUUCGCCUGUCCAAGGGAGAGUCUAGUGGUGGAGAUGAGGUGCCAGCGCGUGGCGUGUCAUGUGAACUUUAUGCAGAUUGAUAUAACGCCAAGCUUUGGGUUUGAGCUGGUGAGAAGGAGGGAAUAA